AUGCAAUCCAUUCAAAGCAAUAGCAAUACGAUAAAACCCACUAUGGGAAGAGAUAGAUACGGACACUCUCUAUCAGUGGCAUUGCCAAUUUCACCCGUUAAGAAAAUGGACAUAACAAAUGUGACUUUAAGAAAAUAUGAUCGUUACACAGGGAAUACAGAAACCGUUGCAUGGGAGAAACAUUUGAUAUACGAAUUAGGAGAUGAAGAUUUGAAUUUCAUAAAGGAUUUUUACUUGGAAGAGAAAUCAUACAACAAUGAAGAGUUUUACUUCAGGUACAUUGAUUCAAUCAGAAGUAAAUACUUGGCUGGAGCAAAGGAAGCUUACACAUUAGCAAAGGACAUCUGCAAGUAAUUGGUUGCAGAAGAUCUAAUUAAGACUUAGAGAUUAAUGAAGAACCGUAAACAAGUGACUCAAAGGAUUAGAAAAACACUAGGCACUUUUAAGCAGUCAAAGAAUGAGGAUAUUUUGAGAUGGAAAACUGGAAUAAAGAAGUUAUUUCAUGAAAUGAGAGAUGCAAUCUAACAUAUUCUGGAUGCAGGAGGAGAAAAGGAAUUCUUUAGAUUGGAAGAACUAAUAAAAUAAAAACAACACAUAACCGAGGAUUUUUUGAAGGGACUUCCCAAUAGAAACAUUUAAGAAAUCAAUUAAUAUUUGCAAUCAAUUAGGUUAUUUGUGUCAAAGAAAACAGAUGAAUUUUAAUAACAUAAGUUAGAACAUGGAGAUAACUUUCACUUUGAUGAAAAAACUAUAAGAGAAAUGUCAAGAUCUUCUUAGGAUGACACUGCUUCAUGUUAUUCGGAUAAAUUAACUGAAAUUAGAGCCCAUUCUAAGAGAGAGAAAUAGAAGGAAGCUGAAAGGAAGAUAGAAAAGUUCUAUGAUCUGAAUUAAUUAAAAAAUAAAUGGAAGACUACUAAUGUUGACUAAUUGAAAGGAACGAUCAGGAGAGUUUUGGUCAAAGAAACAUUAUCUGAAGCUGAACAUAUUCGUGCAAGGGCCUACAGAUUGGAAUAAGAAAAGAAAGGAAUUUAGAUCUUAAAGGUAGAAUAACCAAAGAAGCGUAAAUAAACAGCUUAAUAAAGAAUAUAGAGUAGGUAGGAAAAGAAAGAUAAAAGAUCAGUUGCAGAAUAAUAAAAGAGACAUACACUAACUAGGGAAGAAAUGAAGACGGAACAAUUGAAAUAAGAAUUUUUUACAAAGUACAAUCCAAAGUCUAGCAUUGGAGAAUAAUUUAGUGUUGCUGUUGGAUAUAAUAAUUUAUUUUGA